CCUCACGCUCCAGCAAGCAAGUCAUUCUUUCCGCAGUCAGUCUUUGACCAGUCACUCUUUCAUAGCCAGGUGCUAUCAAAAACUCGCUCUUCGUCAUUCUUUUUAUACCCUUUUGCGUUAUCUCGCCAUCAAUACCCUCAACAAACCGUUUUUUGUAAAUUACCGCCAUUAUGUCCAUGUCCAAGAUCUUCCAGACCACUGCAUUUGUCGCAGCCCUCAUCUCCACCGUUGCGGGCCACACUUCUGUUGAAAAGUUCGAGGCUGGAGGUAAGACUUAUGAAGGCUACCGUCAGGCGAGCAAGGUCGAUCCUGGUAACCAGUCUCCUGCUUGGUGGACGGCCCAAGGCUGGGGAUACCAGCCCGUAUAUGGCGACAAAAUUGCGCACCCCGACAUCAUUGCUCACAAGGACGCCUCCCCCUCGCCUUACACUGUUCCAGUCCCCGCUGGAUCUGAUGUCACUUUCCACUGGCACCACGAAGGCAGCUGUGGCGGCGGCGAAGAGGGCUGGGACUGCUCCCACCAUGGCUGGACUGCCACUUACCUCGCCCCUUGCAACGGCGACUGUGCCAAGGUCGACAAGACGACUCUCCAGUUCUUCAAGAUCCACGAGUCCGCCCUGAUCGACUACCGCAAGGGCCGCUACUCGUCUGGCUCACCCCAAGAACAAACCGGUUACUGGGGCACCGACGCCAUCUUCUACGACAACGGCAACACUCAGAAAGUCAAGAUCCCAUCUGACAUUCCCAGCCAAAACUACGUCCUCCGAACCGAGGUUGUCUCCAUCCACAACAAUGGUGAUGUCAGCAACCGUCAGUUCUGGCCGCAAGCCUUCAACAUCAAGGUUACUGGAGGUAAGAAUGGCGCCAAGGUCCCUGCUGGAAAGAAGGGUACCGAGCUGUACAAGGCCAGCGACCCGCUCCUCAAGUGGGACCUUUACUGGCACAAGGCUGGCCAGACUGCUCCUGAUGCUCCUGGACCUCAAAUCGCAUCUGUUGCUUCCAGCAACUCCAGGCGCCACGCCAGGGACUUUUCUUCUUAGAUAACUUCUUCAUCUUUCUUCAAGCCUUCUUUUAUGGGCAUGAUUUCGGGUGGACUAUGACCUGAGCUCUAGGGUCAAGACAAAAACGGAAAACGGCACGAAUUUGCUUCGGUAACGGUGUUUGACGCACUAUUCUUCUUCUUAUGUUCCUUUGUGGAACUGGUUUUGAGAACACGACGCUUGCGGCACGAUCUCAUGAUUUUUCUUCUUCUCUAUAGAUAUUUAUCCUUCAUCCCAGCGGAUGUCAAUGCAAAUGAAAAUGCAUGUUCUGAGCUUCGAGCUUAAUUUGAACAUUGU